UAUAUUUUUUAUGCCAGAUUUAUUUUAAACAGUUAAAACUCUAUUCGUUUUCUACAUUUAUCUUAUUCUUAGAGAGUGUCUGAAGUGUAAAAGUCUCAAAAGUUAAGGUUUCAGAAGAUACGAGAAUGGAAUGCUGCUUUAACGCGUCCCUGAUUUUCAAUUAUUUCUUGGAAAGCUUUUGUUUUGUAAGAAUAAUCGAAGUCGGAUAGCACGAGAAAAAUGACUAGCAAAAUGCAAAUAUGAACGCUUGCCAAGAGGUUGCGACGUCAACUGCCAAGUUGUUGGAUGCCUCUAAGUAUAAUUUGCGAUGUAAUCGCAAUAUCAGUGAGAAAAUGACGAAGAAGGACUUUAUCUAUGACAUCCCUACACCGGUGCAGACCAUGAGAAAGUUUGAGAUACAAAAACAACCAAUUAUCCUACUACGACGAAAAGAGGCCGCCGGCACAAGAAUGCCGCAUUACACUGUAAUUUCUGAGAAAUUGAUGGACCUCGGUGGCAGCGGUGAUGCAACUGUUGUUGCCGAUCGACGGGGAUUAGGAUACGCGUGUAAUCUCUGCCAGGAGCCGAUUGCCACUUUGUUUUCCCUGUCGACUCACGUCAAGUUUCACUGCCAGAGAUACUGCAAAAUAUGCUACUGGAUUCUGCGUGAAAACGAGACGAUGGAACGGCACAUCGACAAUCAUCAUCGAACUAUACCGGAGGUCAUAAGCUUCUAGUACCUGAAAGCCCGCUUAAUUAAUUAAAAACGUCGAUAUUCCGAAUUGUGUUAAUCUGAACAAAAGUAGGAAUGAAAUAAAUAUUUUAUGAAAGACGAUUCGGAAGUGGAAUUUUUUUUUUUUUUUUUUUGGGCUAUAGGAGAAAAUGCGUAGUGUACACCGUGUUUUAUAACGUAUUAUCUACUAUUAACUCGCGUUGUGCACGCGAUGAAGAGCGGAAGUGUCGUGGUAUCGUUGUAUUAAGCUGAUUAGCAGGCGGCGGGAGCGCAAUUAACCUAAUUUCUUUCCGAUUCGCGUGCGAGAGUAUCCGAAGCAAUAAAAAGCAGGGGCGCCCACACGCGCAAAAUGAUGAUAAAUUUAUUUGUUCAUCAGUGAUAAAAGGCUCGCGCUGCCAACGCCACAAUUACUUAUAGUUUCGCAAUUCGUCGAUAGUAUAAUUUCAAAUAGAGAAUAACUGCAGUAAUUAAUUAAACAAAAAUAUAAGAUAUUAAAAUAACAAAGCUGAUUCGAGGCAACCGUUUCUACAGCUUGAAAUAAAUAAAUUUGUGAGUUUGGGAAAGAAUCUCUACGAAAGAGGGAGAAACGCAUUAUUUAUUCCUUAACUAAAUUAUCCGCGCGAAUGCAAAUCAUUUCCUCUUUUCCCCAAUUUCUUUCCAGAUCAUCCGAAACUCCGAUAAUCAUG